AUGACAAUAAGGCCAAUAUGGCGAUGUUGUCUUCAGGCAUCUUCAUUUGAAAAUCCACCUCGUGCAAAUCAAUAUCAAUCAUCAAAAAAAUUUGAUAAUCUUCAAGCUGAUGUUAAUCAGGUCGUUGAUGUUAUGAAAGAUAAUCUUGAUAAAGUACUUGAACGUGAUGCAAAAUUAACUACGCUUGAAAAUCGAGCUGAUGCAUUACAAACUGGUGCAUCACAAUUUACAACUAAUGCUGGUAAAUUAAAACGUAAAUACUGGUGGAAAAAUCUUAAAAUGUGGAUAAUUCUUAUCAUUGUUAUAGUAAAUCGUUUUAAUAGUUGUCAUAGUUGGACAACUAAUAAUAGUGGUGUUCCACCAGCUGCUGGCGGUGGUGGUUCAAAACGUUUAGCCCAACAACAAGCUCAAGUAGAUGAAGUCGUCGAUAUAAUGAGACAAAAUGUUGAUAAGGUGUUAGAACGUGAUAAAAAUUUAUCACUUCUUGAUGAUCGAGCUGAUAAAUUGCAACACAAUGCAGCUCAAUUUGAACAACAUGCUGGUAAAUUAAAACGGAAAUACUGGUGGAAAAAUAUGAAGAUGAUGAUCAUUAUGGGAGUUGUGGGCACUAUUUUUACCAUUGUCGUGAUAGCAUGGAUCGCUUCUAAAGUUAAAGCAGUGGCUCCUGUUCUUCCAUCCGGUGAUGAAACAGCAGCCAUACCAUCGGUGAAUAAUCCAGUAGUACCAGUAUCCGGUGGUUCAAUGGCUAUUCCGAAUGAAGUGAAAUCAACAACAACACGUCGACCACGUGGUAGUCGUAAGAAGACAACACUAUCAGCUUCUGUUACUGGUCCAGUAGUAGUAUCAUCAAAAGAGGAUGGUGAACCAGAACAAUCAAAUGGUGAAGAUGCAACAAGACUCGCUAUAAAGCGAGUUGCUCGUGCACUCUUUGAUAGGCAAUGA